AAACGUAAAUCGUUUUUGUGUCGCAAAGCAUUUGUUGAACUCAAACAAGAAGAACUAUUUCGUGGAUAAAAUUUAAUUUAUUUUUACAUUUUUGGACUUUGAGGUGCUCCAGGGAUGGCCGCCUCGUCCUCCUCGUCCUCUGCGGGGGGAGUGAGUGGGAGCUCGGUCACAGUCUCUGGGUUCAGCGCCUCAGACCUGACGCCUCCGAGAAAAGUGCUGUUCACGUACCCCAAAGGAUCAGGCGAGAUGAUGGAGGAUGGGUCCGAUCGGUUCCUGUGUGAGUCUGUGUUCAGUUAUCAAGUGGCCUCGACGUUAAAACAAGUCAAACACGAUCAGCAGGUGUCGAGGAUGGAGAAGUUGGCGAGUUUGGUGGAGGAGCUGGAGGCGGACGAGUGGAGAUACAAACCCAUAGAGCAACUUUUAGGGUUCACACCUUCAUAAAGAAAUACAAAACCAACACAGGACUUUGAGCUGAAAUCUGCCAAAGACACAAGAGGAGAGGGAACGACUCUUCACUGGUUUCUGUUUCAAAUGAUUUCUUCCUGAGUUUGUGACGACCUUUCCCCGUUCAAAACAUUUAAAUGUCCCAAACUCCUCUACUCUCUGAUCUGCUCUAAUGUUUCCUCAAACAGACCUGGAGUUGUGUUUUGUUUCGUUCUCACAUGUUUAACUCACAAACCUGCAGAUUUAGGCCGAGUUCUUCUCUCCAACAGAAAACACUCUGUUCCACCUUGUGAUGUCAUCAUGUGAUACAGGAAGUGCUCCACUGUGUUUUUAAACUCCACCUUCACUAGAAUCAUCUGGAUCAUUUCAGUCCUGGAGUUCUCACUUAUCUCGACUCAACUAAAGGUGAAAAGAGCUGUUCACUUGGGAAAAAAAACAAAAAACAAAACACCACGUCAUGACAUCACAAGGUGGAACAGAGCAUUUUGAGCUUUGGAGAUGCAGACAGACAAACAAAACACAACUCCAGGUCUGUUUUUGAGGAGGGACCAGCAGUAUAACACGGAUUAAAGCUCACCAGAGUCCAUUUUGUGUAAUAUAGAAGCUUAAAGUUACAAAUAUUUCUUUUCAAAGCCAAAGUUUUAUUUGCAUUUCUGCCGUUGUCAAAGUGAAUCUGUCCAUAUUUGUUACUUAAACUUGUAAAUAAAUAUGAGGUGGACGUGUGUGCCUCUUGUUACACGUCUUU